CAAGCGUGCCAAUUCUGAAAAUUGUCCAAGUGCUGUUGCCGUACGACUCGCGUUGCAGCGUGUGCGCGCUGUUUUGUUUAGCGAGCAAACGAUCUUCACUAAAUCAUCCUUUCCGGAUUUGUGCUUGGAUGUGGAAUCGACGCAGAGGGUCCAUCUCCACUCAACAGGACAAAAAAAACCGAACGAGUUCGAAUGUGUUGAACUCGUCUCGGUGCUCGUUGACGUUUAGCUUCGUUCGUUAGCGCGCUAACAGGGACGAGUCGCAUUUUGACUUUGUCAGCCAAGCUAACAUCAAAUCCGGAGGUCAUCGCGCGGAAAUGUGCGCAAGGACGACGGCAAAGUGCAAGGAGGAACUUUGUGGAAGGAAAGUGGACAACGAGCGACGACGGCACCUGCUGGACGCUGUUUUAAGGCCUCAAACUGUGGUCCGACGAGCAGACGCCUGCGAAGAUCUUCAUCCUCACGAGCAGGAGCUCGAGUCUCCCGACUUGAAAGAGGAAGAGGAGACGCCAGGGCCCCCCGGCAUUAAACAGGAAGUGCUGGAGCCCCUUUUCGUUAAAGACGAAGAGCAGGAGGACGCAAUCGCCAAGUUUCCAUUGACCGGUGUCAUUUUAAAGCGGGAAGACGACGAUCAAGACCACCGCGCACGACGCCAAUCGAACCAACGCUUAGCUCCGCUCUCAGAUAGCGGCGACAUGAUGUCACACUCUUCUGACGAAGGUGAUGAUGAACGACACUCGAAUGACGACACGUGGCACACUAACAAGACGUUCAUCAUCCGGUGUUCUCACUGUGACAAAACAUUUUGCAAAAAGUCACUAUUGAAAGUGCAUACAAGAACGCAUACCGGGGAGAAACCUUACGUUUGCUCAGUUUGCAGCCAAGGAUUUUCUCGAAAAAUACAUUUGACAAAUCACACGAGAAUCCACACGGGAGAUAAACCGUUUACCUGCUCCGUUUGCAGCCAAAGAUUUUCGAUAAAAGCAAAUCUUAUAAGGCACACAAAAACGCAUGAUGGAGAGAAACCUUUUGCCUGUUCAGUUUGUGGUAGGCGAUUUACUCAGAACGUAAAUUUAAGAACACACGCGAGAACGCACACGGACGAGAAACCAUUUGCUUGCUCAAUUUGCGGCAAAAGAUUCACCGUGAAGAAAAACGUCACGAGACACACGAGAACGCACACCGGCGAGAAACCUUUUAGUUGCUUGGUUUGUGGGAAAAUGUUUAACAGAAAGACAAAUUUGACAACGCACACACUCGCGCAUGCCGGAGACAAACCUUUCGGUUGCGGCGCGUGCGGUAAAAAAUUCUUCCGCAAGGAUCAGCUGAAGAAACACAAGUGUGGACGUGGGACGAGCAGCUGUCAAUAGUCA